AAGAGUCGCGGGGAUCCGAGCCUCCGAGGGUGGUUGUCAGCUCCAGACCAAGCUUGCUGAGACACUGCCUGCUUCCUACACCGCGUCCCCGGCCCUCGUCCUGUGGAAGGAGCAGGGCUCAUGAUGAAUCUCAACUUCACCUCUCCUCUGCACCCGGCGUCUUCUCAGAGGCCCACGUCCUUCUUCAUCGAGGACAUCCUGCUGCACAAGCCCAAGCCGCUAAGGGAAGUGGCCCCCGACCACUUCGCCAGCACUCUGGCCUCCCGGGUGCCUCUGCUAGACUAUGGCUACCCCCUCAUGCCCACACCCACCCUCCUGGCACCUCACCCCCAUCAUCCUCUGCAUAAGGGAGACCACCACCACCCUUAUUUCCUCACCACUUCGGGGGUGCCGGUCCCGGCGCUGUUCCCGCACCCCCAGCACACCGAGCUGUCCGGGAAGCACUGCCGCCGCCGCAAAGCUCGCACGGUUUUCUCUGACUCGCAGCUCUCCGGCCUGGAGAAGAGAUUCGAGAUCCAGCGCUACCUGUCCACGCCAGAGCGGGUGGAGCUGGCCACGGCCCUCAGCCUGUCCGAGACGCAGGUGAAAACGUGGUUCCAGAACCGGCGGAUGAAGCAUAAAAAGCAGCUGAGGAAAAGCCAAGACGAGCCUAAGGCGCCGGACGGGCCCGAGAGCGCGGAGGGCAGCCCCCGCGGUGCCGAGGCCGCAGCGGCAGAGACGCGGCUGGGCCUGGCCGCCGGCACUUUCGUGCUGACCGAGCCCGAGGACGAGGUGGACAUCGGGGACGAGGGGGAGCUGGGCUCGGGGCCGCACGUGCUCUGA